AUGUCAACGAGAAGCCAAAACGCAAUGAGUUUCUCAGAGGAAGUACAACGGCACUCUGUUCAUACACUAGUUUUUAGGUCACUCAAAAGGACUCAUGAUAUGUUUUUAUCGUGUCAAGGGAUGUUACCACCAAUAGACGAAGAAGCGGAGAAAAUAAAAAAACUCGUCAAGGCUCGAGAUUGUUAUGGUCUUGUUUUUGACAAAGUGGAACGCAAUAAGAUAAACAUGAAGAAGUCUCAACCAAAUCAUCCUAAAUCAGAUAGCCUUGAUAUCUAUAAAGAUAAUCACCUUCCAUUAGCCAUAACUGAUAAUCCUGAGAAAGUAAAUAAAAACACAGAGACUAGUAUGGUGUUAUCGAGUCCAAGUACACAAAACAUAGCUGCAGCUAAUCGACUGAUUAAUCAUAUAAUGCCAAAACCAAAAUGGCAUCCACCAUGGAAGUUAUAUCGAGUAAUAUCUGGACAUUUGGGUUGGGUGCGAUGUGUUACUGUUGAACCUGGCAAUGAAUGGUUUGCCACUGGUGCUGCUGAUCGAGUUAUUAAAAUUUGGGAUUUAGCUUCUGGAAAAUUAAAACUUUCCUUAACUGGGCACGUGAGUACUGUGCGAGGCUUACAAGUAAGUCCUAGACACCCUUAUUUAUUCAGUUGUGGCGAAGAUAGGCAAGUGAAGUGUUGGGAUUUGGAACAUAAUAAAGUAGUUCGACAUUAUCAUGGACAUUUGAGUGCGGUAUACAGUCUUGCAUUACAUCCAACGAUUGACGUAUUAUUAACUGCUGGACGAGAUUCAACAGCUCGAGUAUGGGACAUGCGUACAAAAGCCAAUGUUCACACACUCACUGGACAUACAAAUACAGUGGCCAGUGUUGUUGCCCAUGAAUUUGAACCUCAAGUAUUGACUGGAUCUCACGACUGUACAAUUAGGCUAUGGGAUUUAGCUGCUGGAAAAACUCGUGCAACUCUUACAAAUCACAAAAAAAGUGUGAGGUCACUUGUUUUACAUCCAAAAGUGUAUAUGUUUGCCAGUGCAAGUCCAGAUAAUAUAAAACAAUGGACAUGUCCAGAUGGGAAAUUUAUACAAAAUCUUACUGGUCAUAAUGCUAUAGUUAACUGUAUGGCUGUGAAUUCUGAUGGGGUAUUGAUGUCUGGAGCAAACAAUGGGUCAAUGUAUGCUUGGGAUUGGAGAACUGGUUAUAAUUUUCAGAGGAUGCAGGCUCCUGUACAACCUGGAUCGAUGGACAGUGAAGCCGGAGUAUUUGCAAUGGCAUUUGAUAACAGUGGUACAAGACUUAUUACAGCUGAAGCUGAUAAAACUAUAAAACUUUAUCGAGAAGACGAUACAGCUACUGAAGAAAGUCAUCCAAUUAAUUGGAAGCCCGAUAUUAUCCGAAGAAGGAAAUAUUAA